AUGCUUUUCGGUCGUUAUCCUUUCUGUGAUCGAACUCUGGUAGGUUUAUUUAUUAAAAUUGGUCGAUGUCGUCCUGAAAUACCUCGAACAAUAUCAAUAAAAGCACGUUCAUUACUUCGUUCUUUAAUACGAGUUAAACCUAACGAACGUCUUCUAGCACAAGAUAUACUUGGACAUGUUUGGUUUAGUGGUGAUAGAGAUACAUCAACAAUAUCAAUGAAUACAUCAAUAAUAAAUGAUGAAUCAUUAUUAUUUAGUAGCAGCAAUAAUUAUACGAAUAACAGUAAUGAAACGACAACACAAGAAGAUGCUGUCGUGCCAAAUUUUGAAUGUGAAUAG